UCAAGAAAGCUAAGGGCUGAAAGUUCCUCUCCCCAUCCCUUAGGAAAACAAAGACUGGAUGGCAAGGCUAUUUCCCUUCACACCCGGACACACGGAGACUCCUUGUAUCCCUGAUGUCAGAGGCCGUGCUCUGCCAUCAGACCAGGGACUCUGUCUAAGGGAGAAGGGCAAGGGGCCGUGUCACCCCACCAGGCAAGAUGAAGGGAGAGAGCCAGCUCCUCGCACCCUCAACCCCCUGUCUGGACGAUGCCAGCUUCGCCUACCCUCCGUGAUGUGGUGCCUCACCUCCACCAGCUGCGUGGCGACCCCCGCCAGGCAGGCCCCCAGCGCGGCGCCGCCCAGAGCCCAGAGUCGCCCCGCGCCUCUCUGCCGCCCGGCCAUGUUCUCCCGCCGCGCGCUCAGCCGGUGCAGGUCCUGGGAGCGGGGGGCUGAUGCACACGGCUGCCAGGUGACUGCCCCUGGCCACCGGCAGGCGGUGACGGUGGUGGCGGCGGCAGAGAAUUCUGGCCGCGGGCGGUUGAGCCCGCAUCAUUUAUUCAUCGUGGGUGUCAGGUUCCUGGGACGCCACCUGCGCCAUCACCGCUGAGAUGAGGGCCCCGUGUCCCACACCCUGGCUAUGUGUAGCUCUGAGGAAGCAGACCUGCUUCGGCUGGAGGAGGUCUUCUCAACCACCCUUGCCCGCACCAACAGUCUCAUUCUCCAGCCCCUGCUCUUGGCUGACCCGGAACCCUCAGACUCCUGUGGUAGAGAGUGCCUUCGGCUUCUGCAGCAGCUCCAUGAAAGUACCCAGCGGUUAUGGAAGGUGACGGACCAGAGCCUGCAUUCGCUUCGGCAGAGGCUAUACCACCCACCCUCCAUGGGCCUGGAAGCCUUGCUGUUACUGAAAAACGCUGACUGUGUCUUGCAGGCCCAUGUGGAGUACAUCAAGUCCUAUACUGACUGUGUGGUGGUGCAGGCCUUUCAGAGUGUCUCAAAGAAGAGGAGCGAGUACUGGAGGAGCCAGAGGAAGAAGCUGCCACAGUUGCUGUCCUGGGUGAGCUCUGAGGGCUCAAUGGGCACCAUGCUGUGCCAGGCCCUCAGCCAGCCACUCACCCAGCACGUGCAGAAAUAUGUGUUCCUCCUACUGAGCCUCAGAGACACCCUUGACAAGCACCACCCGGCCCAGGAGCUGGUGUUGCAUGCAGUCACCCAGUUUGGGAACCUGCAGUCCUUCAUGAGGCAGGCCUUGGACCAAGCUGUGGCCACUCAGGCCCUGUGGCACAGCCUCAGCAGCCGGGUGAGGGAUGUGCUCUGUACCCCUGCCCACCGACUCCUACAGGAUAGCCAGGACAUCCCUGUGGUGGUCACCCCGCUGCGAGCUGAGCGCGUGCUGCUCUUUGAUGAUGCCCUGGUCCUGCUACAGGGCCACAAUAUCCACACUUUUGACCUGAAGUUGGUGUGGGUAGAUCCUGGCCAAGAUAAGUGUGUGCUGGGCAUCCUCACUCCUGAAGAAGAGUUCUCCUUUCAUGCCAGAGACCCCCAGGGCCAGGUUGUCUGGCAGUGGAAAGUGACCCAGGCUGUGUGCCAGGCCCUGUGUGGCAAGAAGGACUUCCCUUUGCUGGGGUCAGACCGGGAGUCAUCUGUACCCCCUGACUGCCGCUAUGUGGCCUAUACUUUCCGCCAUGAGGGCCGGCUCUACCAGGCUACCUAUGAGGGUUAUUGGUGUCGGGCCAAGCCCCAUGGCAAGGGAACCCUGAAGUGGCCAGAUGGGCGGAACCAUGUGGGGGAUUUCUGCCAGGGCCUAGAGCAUGGCUUUGGCAUCUGCCUGGUGCCCCAGGCCUCUGACGACAAGUUUGACUGUUACAAGUGUCACUGGCGGGAAGGCAGCAUGUGUGACUAUGGCAUCUGUGAGUACGGCACUGACAGGGUGUACAAGGGCUAUUUUCAGGCUGGCCUUCGGCAUGGAUUUGGUGUCCUUGAGAGUACCCCACAGGCCUCCCAGCCCUUCAGGUACACGGGCCACUGGGAGAGAGGCCAGAGGAGUGGCUAUGGCAUUGAGGACAACAGUGAGAGAGGUGAGCGCUACAUCGGCAUGUGGCAGGCUGACCAGCGACAGGGCCCUGGGGUCUUGGUCACCCAGGCAGGCGUCUGCUAUCAAGGCACAUUCCAAGGGGACAAGAUGGCCGGCCCGGGCAUCCUGCUGUGGGAGGAUGAUUCUCUGCACGAGGGUACUUUCACCAAGGACCUGGCACUCCAAGGGAAGGGUAAGAUCACCUUCCCCAAUGGCUUCACUUUGGAUGGUUCUUUCAGCAGUGGGGCAGAUAAAGGACUGUACACACAGGGAGUGCUGGACACAGCUGCCCUCCCGCCCGACCUAGCCAGCACACGCAAGAGACAGCUGGGGCUGGGUGUCUUCCCUGUGGAGAGCCGCUGGCAAGGAGUCUACAGACCCUUCCAGGACUUCGUGCGUUCGGGCUGUCCUGGGGACCUGCACGAAGCCCUACUGGGCUUCCAUGUGCAGAGCUCCAGGGAGCUCCGUGAGUCUCAGGAGUACCUGUGCUGUGAGAGGAGCCACCCCAAGGACUGUGCGGGCAGCAUGGAAGACAUCCUGAAGGAGCUGCUGCAGCACCGUGAGCCCCAGGCCCUGCAGCAGUACCUCAGGAAGGCUCUGAGCAAUUCCCGACACCCCCUGGGGAAGUUACUCCGCACCCUGAUGCUGACCUUCCAGGCCACGUAUUCGGGCAUAGGAGCCAACAAACACCUACAGGGGAUGGCUCAGGAGGAGGUGAAGCAACAUGCCCAGGAGCUUUGGGCUGCCUACAGGGGUCUGCUGAAGGUUGCCUUACAGCGCCAGGGCCAGACCCUGGAGGAGGAGGACAUGGAGACAAGGGACCUACAGGUGCACAGGCUGCUGUUGCCCCUCAUCUUGCCCAGCUUCUACUCAGAGCUCUUCACACUCUACCUGCUUCUUCACGAGAGAGAGGACGGGUUGUACAGCCAGGGCAUCACCAACCUCAGCCUGUUUCCUGACACAAAGCUGCUGGAGUUCCUGGAUGUGCAGAAGCACCUGUGGCCCUUCAAGGACCUCAGGCUGACAAGCAAUCAGAGAUAUUCUCUGGUCCGGGACAAGUGUUUCCUGUCAGCCACUGAGUGUCUGCAGAAGAUCAUCACCACAGUGGACCCUUGGGAGAAGCUGGAGGUGCUGGAGAAGACCUACGGGGAAAUUGAGGCCACGGUGUCUCGGGUGCUGGGCCGGGAAUACAAAUUACCCAUGGAUGACCUCCUGCCUCUGCUUAUCUACGUGGUGUCACGAGCUCGAAUUCAGCAUCUGGGAGCUGAGAUCCACCUGAUCCGGGACAUGAUGGACCCCAUCCACACAGGCGGCCUCUAUGACUUCCUGCUCACAGCUUUGGAGUCCUGUUAUCAGCACAUCCAGAAGGAAGAAGUGCGGCUGCACCGUCUGCCUGGCCACUGGGACUCUAGAGAACUCUGGUGACGUGGCCACUCCGGACCGAUGCAGAGCUAGGGGCCGCAUGGCCGCAGUGGGCUUUCCUGGAGCAAGCAUUACCCACUCGCUCCCCAUCGCCUGGGUCAGGGCGGGCUGUGGAGAUGGUUCUCAAAGGAGAGGGUGGUGUUUUCUACAGGCACACAGUCAGCUGCUGUGACCCCACAGCUGAUAGCUCUCCUUUGGCCUCUGGUCUGAGCUCUGAUAACCUUUUCUCAAAAGUAGCACCAUCUUGGGCCAGGAGCCCUAGCCUCAUUCCGCCUCAGCCCUUCCUCAGUAGCUGUCCGUCUCCGGGCUGCGUGUCGUGUGAUGGUGGAGAUGAUUUCCAACAUUCUUCCAGUCCAGUUUCCCGAGCUCUGCAGCCCUCCCCCCAGAUCUGGCUUCAUUCAUUUCUUUGGACUGAAAUGGAAAUCCAUCUCAUUUCUGUCUCUCUGCUCCUGGCUAGAAGGUCCCAAGCUGCAGAAGCUGUUCCUUUGCCCCUGAGUUCUGCCCGGGGACCUGUCUCCUCAGCUGGGCUUCAGGCUUGAGCUGGCCUCUCAGGAGGACCCUGUGGCAGGAGACCUCAGCUCUGUGCCAAGCUGCCUUGUUGCCUCUGGCAGGCCCUGCCCUUUGCAAGGACAGGAGAUGUAAACAGCCGACUGCAGGUAGCCCAUAAAUGACAUACCUGAGACAUUUUGUGGCCUCUCUGUGGGAGGGACAGCAGGAAUAUUCAAGGCUUGCUAGUUCCCUGACAGAUGAGAAUCUCUGGCUCAGGACCAUGAGCAAGUCUGGUCAAGUGCUGGGCUCUGGGUCCCUGUUUCUGGCUCCAGGGAGGCCUCCCAUCAAUUCAGCCUGUGUGGGAAGGGCCAAGGGAGAUGUCGAGACAGGUGCACAGGCCAGGGCUGAGGACCACCCUCAGAGUGUCUCAGGAAGUGUGGAGCACUGUAUGAAGAGCCCUUAUUCUCCUGCACUGCCAUGUCCAGAGCAAGCAAAGAGAGGCCUUCCCUGGCUGGAUCCGCCAAAUGAUGUGUGAACAUAGGGCCUGGGCUUGAGUUCUGUCAGGAACUUGUGUCCCCAGGAAAGUCCUUUGAAGGGUCAAACUGAUGGAGCGCUCUCUCUCUCUCUCUCUCUCUCUCUCUCUCUCUCUCUCUCUCUCUCUCUCUCUCUCUCUCUCUUUCUCUUCCCCCCCACCCCCAACAGCCCUAAGUGCCUGUGACACAGUUCAGCUGUGACAAAACCCUGCCACCCUCUCUCCUGUUUCCAACACUGACUGAACUUGGGCCUCUGGUCCUUGUGGUUCCACAGGGUUUCCUUAAUGUCCUGGUAGGUUCUAGGAGCAGCCAAGGCUGUAGCAAACUCUUAAGGCAAAAUUAACAUCUGAGAGGGACGCAGGACUGACUGAGUACAAGUGAGUGCCAGUCAGCCGCACACAUUUGGUGCUUCUGGAGGUGAUGGCCUCUCCUGGAUGGAUUCUGUCAUGGAUGUUAACUGUCCAGCCUAGAAUGUGCCCUGUUUUUUGACACGUGAGCCAUGCAAGAGGGCUGUCUUAGGAGUUCGUGGUUGCUGUCAUCAAUACCCUUAUGAAAUAAGAGACUCUGCAGGCCAGAUGGCACACCCUCUCACUCCACCUCACUUCAUGGUUUCCUAGAAGGUAGGCCCAGAGUCUGGACAGAAGACUGAAAGAUGAAAAGAUGAGACAUGAUGUGGUUAAAAUCUCUUCCAUCUAAGCUGGGCCUUCUUCAUUUCCCUUCCUGCCUUAUAAUUUUUUUUUCCUGGCUACUUCUCUGGGGUAUGGCCACAGUCUACUUAUUUAUUCGGGAUUUUUAAUAAAGCCAUUUUAUCUUUAUGUGUGUAUGUAUAAAGGCAAGAGCUAAUAUAA